CUGUCUCUAUCUGUAUAUUACUUUUCAUUCAUAUUCAAUUGCAGUUCAAAUAGGUGCGCGCUUGUAAAUCGUUAAUAGGUUGAGACAGUGAAUGCUGUACGAUUCUGUGUGCAUGCAUCCCCAUCAUGCCUGCCUUGUGGAGCGUGCAGAGGCUGAUCUAAGCGUCUUGUUUGGCUGGAUGAAAGUGGACCGGCGUUAAGGACACAACAGGUUAUUAGCGCUUCUUAAUGCUGGGAGAGAAAGAAGAGACAGUUAUGUCUGCGAGGGAAAGACUUAAAGAGAAGAUGAUCAAAGAUAGCGUUACACUGCUGCCAUGCUUUUAUUUCGUGGAGCUUCCUCUUCUGGUCUCAUCUGUGGCCAGUGUGUAUUUUCUGGAAUGGACAGACAUUUUCAAACCAGUCCGCUGGGGUUUCAGCUGCCAGGACCGCAGUUUGAGUCUGCCUUAUAUCGAACCCACACAUGAGGUCAUUCCAUUCCUUAUGCUCCACAGCCUCACCUUUGCAGCUCCUGCCAUUAUGAUCAUGAUUGGAGAGGGGAUUCUGUUCUGCUGUCUGUCCCGAGCACAAUGUGGGGGCGGGGCUGAAGCUGAUAUCAACGCGGCUGGCUGCAAUUUUAACUCUUUUGUCCGGCGAGGUGUCAGAUUUGUGGGGGUUCACGUGUUUGGCCUGUGUGCCACGGCGCUAAUAACUGACAUCAUCCAGCUGUCGACGGGUUACCCUGCCCCCUACUUCCUGACUGUAUGCAAGCCCAGUUACACCCACCUCAACACCUCCUGCAAUGAAAGUUCUUUCAUCCUGGAGGACAUCUGCUCAGGAUCUGAUGCUGCCGUCAUCAACGCUGGCAGAAAAUCUUUCCCGUCUCAGCACGCCACACUGGCGUCUUUUGCUGCUGUGUAUGUCUCGAUGUACUUCAACAGCACACUGACGGACUCUUCCAAACUGCUGAAGCCUCUGCUGGUCUUCUGUUUCACUAUCUGUGCCAUCAUCUGCGGCCUGACCCGUAUCAUACAGCACAAGAAUCAUGCCAUUGAUGUUUACUUGGGCUUCCUGCUUGGUGGUGGCAUCGCUGUUUACCUAGGUUUGUUUGCUGUUGGGAAUUUCCAACCCAGCGAGGAGAAUCUAACAAAUAAUUGUUUUGUUCGGGAUUUUCACCAAACUGAGACUGACUUCUGCCAGCAGGGUCACCACCUCACUGCCAAGAGCUGCAGUGGCGGAGACAGGCUUUCAUCAUCGUGCUCUGAGAGCAUCCUGCACCGGAAUGCCCAGCACCACCAGGCCCGAUCUCUUAGCUGCCUUAAGAGACCGGGUGGAAUCACAGUCUCCACACAGGAGAACAUGGUGACCUUCAACACCCUGCCCAGAGUGCAUAUGCCCACUAUGGAUGAGUCCGCCUUUCGCAAUGCCACCAUUCACACCUCCUCUGUGGAUUCAAGUCGAUCCAAGCAGCUGUUGUCACAAUGGAAGAGCAAAAAUGAGAAUCGUAAACAUUCCCUACACACCACUGAAGGUGGAACUGGACAAUCCCCACCCAACAGCAUGGAGGUCCGCUGCAGCUCUGAACCAUUAUUUGUGGGAAUCGACUGUGAACACCAGGCACCUGGAACGCUGUACCUCAAAUUGGCUACUGGAAGUACGACUCUACCUAACAACCCUAGCGGAAUCGCUGGUGGAACUCGGAUGCCUGUCCAGUUGGUGCACAUCCCAGAGGAGAUGCAAGAGAACAUGGGCAGCAGCGUUCAGGACAAAUGGCUGAAGAGCAUGGAGAGAAGUGUGGACAAGUGUGAGGCACCGGUGGUUAGGAUUAAUUCUAAUGGUCAGCCACGAAUCAUGCAGGUCAUUGCAACGUCCAAGCAGCAAGGUCUUCUGCAAGAAUGUUCUCCCAGUUCUGAGAGCAGUAGCCACACCAGCUCUACAGCACCAUUGCAGCGCUACAAGAGCUUGACUGAGGAGUCUGGAGGCCAGAGCAGCACAGGGGCCAUCAUAAGAGUGGAAGCCCAUCCUGAAAACGGCCGGCCCUUAGUGCAUGCACACUCCACAGAUGGAAGCGGCUCUUGGAACUGGAAGUCCCAAAAUAGUUAUAGACGGUCAUUUGAGCUUAAUGACUUGAAUCAAGAUUCAGAGAGCUCGGAAUCCACUCGGAACGGGAACAGUUCUAUGGACAGAAAGACAAACGGCCCUAAAGCCGUUGCCGUGCCAACUGUUCCCAGCAUUUCCACAUCAAGCAGAGACCACCAUCCCAACCAGACCAUUUCCACCAUCAGGGUCACUCCCAUGGGAAUGACGGAGUCUGGGCCAGAGAGCUGCGAUUCUAGCUUGCGCAGAAAAAACAGGAUCCUGAUCCCUGAGAGAGGAAACAGCCCGGACACAACCAGGGAAAUUUUUUACAAGGGAACGUCCACCACGCCGGCUUUCAAAGAGUAGAAUGUAAUACUCAUUAGAGUUUAGAUGUGUUUUUGUGGAAAGAUUUACUAUAUUUAUUUCUGUAACACUUUACAACAAGGUUCUACCCAUUACCAUAAUUUAACAAAUAUUGAACUUUAACAAGGAACAAUACU